AUGGCCAGCAAACAGGUUAUCAGAGAAGACACCCAUGCCGGCUCCUGGUACUCUGCAUCGAAGCCACAGCUCAACUCACAGCUCGAUGGCUGGCUCGCCGGCGUGAACACGCCUGUGAAGUGCAUAGGCCCAAGAUCAGAGGGCCAGACGAUCUCAAACUUUCCUGUUGCUGGAGCACGAGUGAUCAUUGCACCGCAUGCCGGAUACUCUUACUCCGGACCCGCAGCUGCAUGGGCGUACAAGUCUUGGGAUGUCUCGAAGGCCAAACGCAUCUUCCUGCUAGGCCCAUCACAUCACCACUACCUUACCAAAGCUGCUUUGACCCGCUGCACACAUUAUGCCACGCCACUUGGCAACCUGCCAAUCGAUCGUGCGACGACGGAAGGGCUACAUCAGUCCGGCAUGUUCGAGUGGAUGUCACAGUCAGUCGACGAAGACGAGCAUAGCCUGGAAAUGCACCUUCCAUACAUCUACAAGAUGCUAUCAAAAACCUUCGGCGAUGACCCGUCAGCCUUCCCACUGUUGACGCCGAUCAUGAUAGGCAACGCUUCCAUGACAACCGAAGCGCAAUUAGGACGUCUUCUUGCUCCAUACUUGGCGGACCCAACCACGGCCUUCAUAAUCUCCUCGGACUUCGCCCACUGGGGUCUCCGCUUCCGCUACACUUUCUAUCGCUCCCCGGGCUCCCCAUCCCAGCACCUCAAAGCCAACUCCAAAACGCCUACCAGCCCACCUAUCCAUGAAAGUAUCAAGGAAGUCGAUUUCGAAUGUAUGGGUGCUUGUGAGAGCGGCAGCCAUAUUGCUUGGCUCGAGGCACUGCAGGACACGGCGAAUACUGUUUGUGGACGGCACCCGAUAGGAGUCGUGAUGGCUGCGGUGGAAGAAGUUAGGAAGUCGAGCGGUGGUGCUGAUCAGGGCCUAGGUGGAUUCAAGUUCGUGAGGUACGAGCGUAGUAGUGAGGUGGAGAAAGUUGGGGAGAGUAGUGUCAGCUAUGCGAGUGCUUUUGCUGUCAUCUAA